AUUUUACCAGCUGUUUAGUCUGUGUGUUUUUUAGACUGGUGCUACUCGGUCAACACGUGGGGAGAGAUUGACUUUCCAGAGGGACACGUUUGAAAAACUCACAUUGUAGUAUUGUUCUCAUCGUGGCGGCACAGAGGACCCUAAUAUACUGUGUAGCUGUUAGUGUCCUGAGGAAAUGCCGCUGAGGUUUCGUUCUGUUGUACCCUACACACUGCCUGGAGUCCUGGCACUGAUUGGCUGGUGGUGGUACAUCUCGCGGAAGAAAGAGCGGCUCAUUAGCCAUGACAGUCCAGAGGGGCCGCUGACCACCGUGGGCCUUAGAACAUCUCCAGCAGAGGGUAGCAAUGGUUUGGUUGAGAAAGACACACUAUCCCCCCCAAACGACACAGAAAGCCCUACCCACAUAACUCCAAAGGUCAGUCUUCAGAGAACACCACAUGAAAAUAUUUCCCAGGUCCAUGUCCAGGGCACUGAAGCAGAACAUUCACUGGUACAAAGCUCUGAAGAAGCUGCCCCUCACCUUGACAGAAUAAGACAAGAGGAAGUCCAUAAACCCUUGGUCUCAACUCUACAAUCACGUUCUGAAAAAGACAGCCUGCAGGUGACCUUGAAGGAUCUUAAAGACCCAGACGAAAACUCUUCACCUGCCUUGGUAAAAAAGCUGGGGAAAGACCUAGUCAAAGAUGCAACCACAGUGGAAGUCAUCUUGCCCAUCCAGUCUACCAAAUUUACUAGCUCCUCCUCCACAACAGCACACCUUUCUGAUGCAGAGAGGCCUGAGCCCGAAGGGGAAGUUGCAAAGAAUUACAGCACUGUUAGUACACAAGAUGAGAUCAUUGUUUGUGCAGCCACUCCAGCCAAAGUGCAGAGAGUGAUCCCAUCAGAGGCAGACUCUCUAGAGACACCCCCUUCAGCCCAGGAUUUCCACCAACACAUUCUAACCAGCACACCCACCUUCCCUUCCCCAGCCUGGGCUUCCACAGCCCUGACAGUGGUCCAAGACUCCAACACCACAUUAUUGACCCAGGACAGUAUCCAGGUACGCAGUGGAGAGGACCAAGAUCUAGAACUUCUGGCAUCUGGACUCAUAACUGAGGUAAUCUCAGCAGCAACCCAGGAGAUCCUUGGUUUUAGAGGCUGCCAGGUCACAGACCACAGCCAGCCCAGCUGCAGUAGCAGCACACCAUUGGGUAGUGGCAGACAAUGUUCCCAACUGGAACCAAUCACAACAGCACAGCAGCACUACCAUCUGCUGACAAGUCCCUCUGAGGAGGGCUGUGAGACUAAAGAUGCAACAGAGAAAGAAGAGACAGGGAUGCCUAAUGGCUGCUCCCUGAUCAGUCAUAGGGUUCAACAGACAAACAAUGCACAGAGGGGCCACUGGCCAAGACCAUUAUACCAAGCAGCACAAAAUUCCCCUUCAUUUCACAUGAAACUGAAAGGUAAUGAAGUCGUCAUGCUUACUGAGGACUCUGCCUGCAGCACAUGGCACUCUGAGGAUGGCAUCAGCAGUGAGGACCUCCAAAACAGCAUGUUUGACAACCAAGUGGAAGUGAUACAAGUUACAGACUUGUCAGCAAGGGAAGCCAUGCAACCUCAGUCACUGGUUGAGACCACCACCGAGGCAACAAUUCUGGCUGAAACUCAAGGCAACUCAGUGGAUGCUGUGUGUGAGAAUAAGAGGCUCAAUGGAAUUGGCUUCAGGAAUGGAGCCCUUGGGACAUGUGAGGUGGAGACAGACCAGUCUGGAGGCUCUGAUGUCAACAGUAUGGACUCUGUAGAUAGUGGCUGCACUAUGGGUGCUGGGGAAACCCAGCCCAACCACACUGCCUCCUCGAGUUCUGAGCUCAUCAUCUGGGAAAUUGAGGUGCCAAAGCAUCUUGUAGGGCGGUUAAUAGGAAAACAAGGGCGAUACGUGAGUUUCCUUAAGCAGAACUCUGGUGCGAAGAUCUACAUCUCCACCCUGCCUUAUACGCAGGAGUUUCAGAUCUGUCACAUAGAGGGUACACAGCAGCAGGUUGACAAAGCUCUGUCCUUGAUUGGGAAGAAGUUUAAAGAUCUGGACUUGACUAACUUAUAUGCACCUCCACCACCCCCACUCACAUUACCAUCACUUCCCAUGACCUCCUGGCUUCUUCUCCCUAGUGGAGUGACAGUUGAAGUGAUAGUGGUGAACAUCGUAUCAGCUGGUCACGUCUUUGUCCAGCAGCAUACUCAUCCCACCUACCAUGCUUUGAGAAGCCUUGACCAGCAAAUGUUCCUCUGCUACUCCCAACCGGGCACCCCUGCUCUGCCCUCACCUGCUGAAGUUGGUGUGAUCUGUGCGGCUCCAGCGGUGGAAGGAGCCUGGUGGAGAGCUCAAGUCAUCACCUUCUAUAAAGAAACAAAUGAAGUGGAGAUUAGAUAUGUUGAUUAUGGCGGCUAUGACAGAGUUAAGAUAGACUCACUACGGCAAAUAAGGUCUGAUUUUGUCACACUGCCAUUUCAAGGUGCUGAGGUAUUGCUUGAUAACAUCGCUCCACUUCCAGGAGAGGAUCGUUUUUCACCAGAUGCCACAUCAGCAUUGGAGGAGAUGACCAGAGGAGUGGCAUUGCUUGCACAGGUCUCAAACUAUGAUAACAACACAGGCCUCCCACUUGUUCACUUGUGGAAUAUGGUCGGUGAUGAGAUAAUAUUGGUCAACCGUACACUGGCAGAGAGGGGCCUAGGUGUUUGGGUGGAUGGAUUUUGAACUCCUAACACGAUCUGACCUUCAUGCCCCAUUCUCUUGUGAUAAGCAGUCUAGGACCCAGACCCAGUUCCUAGCCCCACCAGACACAACACUCGAUCUAAGAAGAUUUUUUUUUUUUUUUUCUUUUUCAUUUCCUUUCCUUGUGAAAAUGAAUUUGAAACUGUUUUGCAGGCAUAAUCUCCAAGAACACAGCACUGCUUCAAAAUAAGACAAGGUUCCCUCUUGUUCUUUACACACACAAAAAGAACUUAAAGAAGGGAAGACGGGAGGUACUUGUAAAAUAAAAUAAAAAAUCUAUAUUGUAACUAAAUAAAGUUUAAAUCAGUA